AUGUGCAAACAUAUACUUAACGCUCAGGUUUCAAUUCGUGCACCAUGCUGUAAGCGUUGGUUUGAUUGUGCUGAAUGCCAUGCAGAAGCAUCAGAUCAUGAAUUAGCAAAGUCCAUUGAGAUGGUUUUUGCCUGCAAAAAAUGUAAAAAAUGUUUCCGUAAAGAUCUGGAGAAUUUUGAUGAAACAGAUGAAUAUUGCCCUCACUGUGACAAUCAUUAUGUGUUGGAAGCCAAAACUCCUUCCUUUGGGAUUGGCGUUGAAGGGGAUGAUCCAAGGCUUGAUAAUAGAUUGAUUAAAGAUGAACGUAUAAAACAGGAUCCUAAAAAGAGUAUUUUCAAUCAAGAUAUUACAUAUAGAAUGGAUCGAAUUAGAAGGAAAAAUUAUUUAUUAUUCCAAGUUAUUCCAAUUUCGUCAAACGCGUGGGAUACUAAUCUCGUGAAAGUUAAUCCUUCAUUUGUUUCCAUUAAUUGGAAUGCCGGGGGAGGCGGGGCUUUUGCCGUCAUUCCACAUAAGAAUGUUGGUAAAAUUCAUGACGGUAUACCACUUUAUCGCGCACAUACCGCUCCCGUUUUGGAUACAGACUUUGCGAACUUUAACGAUAACGUUAUUGCAUCAUGUGGGGAAGAUUCCAAGGUAAUGAUUUGGACAGUUCCAGAAGAACUCGGUGAACCAGAAUCUCCUGAUAUUGAACCCGUAUCAAAAUUGACUGGUCAUGGAAGAAAAGUUGGUCAUGUCCUAUUUCAUCCUGUGGCAGAUAAUGUUCUUGCCUCUUCAUCCGCGGAUCUUACCAUAAAAUUAUGGGAUAUUGAAAAAGGUGUAGAAAAACAAGAACUCAAAGGUUUCUUGGAUUUUGUACAAUCUAUGUCUUGGAAUUGGAAUGGUAGUUUAAUGGUUACUACAUGUCGUGACAAGAAACUCAGGAUUUUUGAUGUUCGAUCUAGUAAGGUAGUUCAAGAAGCCGCAAGUCAUCAGGGUAUUAAAGGGUCUAGAGUAGUAUGGCUUGGUGACACUGAACGACUUGCGACAACAGGUUUUUCCAAGAUGAGUGAUCGUCAGGUUUAUCUUUGGGAUUCAACUCAAUUAGAGAAACCUAUUAAAACUAUGAUGUUGGACACAUCAUCUGGGAUUGUUAUGCCAUUUUAUGAUGAAGAUACAAAGAUAUUGUAUUUGGCAGGCAAGGGGUCAGUAAAAGAUGUGUUGAAGACUGAUGGGAAUAUUCGAUAUUAUGAAUUCGAAAAUGAUGAAUUAUUCUUUUUGUCAGAGUACAAAUCAUCUGAACCUCAACGCGGAAUGGCAUUUAUGCCUAAACGUGGUGUAAAUGUUAAUGAAUGCGAAAUUACCAAGGCUUAUAAAGUUACUAGUAAUUGUAUUGAACCAAUUUCAUUUGUAGUGCCACGAAGGUCUGAUGGUUUUCAACCUGAUUUAUUCCCUCCGGCAUUAAGUGAUGAACCAGCAUUAACAGCCGAUGAAUUUUUUGGAGGUAAAAAUGCAAAUCCAAAAACUAUUGAUUUAGAAAAUGGAUUUGUUGCUAAGGAGAAGAAAGAGUUUGUCUCUUCCGCGCCAAAAGAAGAAGAGAAAAUUCCAAAAACUGAAAAGGAUGUAUGUUUUAAAGAGGCUUAA